AUGAGAGCCCACCUUGCCGUUCUCCUCCUUCUGGGGCUCUUGGCCCUCCAAGUGGAGCCCAGUUCUGCCAAAAUGAUGAAGCACAGGGCACAGGGUGAGUGCUGAUUCUGCUGUCCGGGUGGGUGGGGCGAACAAGGUUGGUGCUUGCAGAAAUUCUCCUUCCCCACAUUUCCAUUCCAGAAUCAUUCCAGGCAGAAACGGAAUCAUUCUUGCUUAGGGAAUCCUCGUUGUUCAAAGAAAGAGUGCAAAAGAGGAUAUUUGCACAAUAUCCUUCUGUUCCCCCCAAUAAGAUACUGGCAAUGCUUCUGAAAAGCAAUUGCUGGAAACCCCAGCACUGAUUUGCCAAGGGAAACGCAGUCAGGAGAAGGCGCUGAGGGGCUUCUGGGUUUGAUAUGACAGGCAGCGGCAAAGGAGAAAGGUUUUCUUCCUCUCUCCUGACACCAGAACUCGCAGACAUCCUGAAGCUGAAUGUUGGAAGGUUCAGGACGCAUGAAAGGAAACCCUUCUUCAUGAAACACAUAGUUAAACUGUGAGACUCCUUUCCUCUGGAGGCAGUGAUGAUCCACAGCCUUUGAGGCGAUGGUCAUUGUUAGUUGCUCUUGAUCUAAGAAACUCCUUGGGGUGGCUUUAUAAGAGAGAGACUCUGGGAUAAAUUUAGCAGUCAUGUAGUAAGAGGAGAGAGGUCCCUCGAUGGAUCAGAACUCGGCCACAUGGCAAGAAGCAGCGAGUGGGAAUGAAUGGGGAGUUUUCCGGAUGGUCCCUUGAGCAGCAACUUUGAAAUUUUCCCUUUUAAACUUGUUCAUAAAUGGUUCGGAGUGAACAGUGAGCGGCGAAGUAGCCAAAUUUGCUGCUGAGAGAGAAAUGGCUAAAACAAAAAUGCAGUUCAGCAUAAGCAAGUGUAAAAUGAUGCAUAUUGGGGGCGGAAAUUCUAACUUUACAUGGGGAGUAAUGGGGUCUGAAGUGGCAGUGACUGCCCAGGAAAUGGGCAUUAAAAAUAAGAACCUAAGGAUAGCCCGCUGGUUGAGGCCAGUGGCCCAUCUGGUCCAGAAUCCUCACAAUGGCCAACCAGACGCCCCAGUGGAGAAGCCCCCAAGCAGGAUCUGUUGGUGUUCUGCAACUUUGACCUGUUGCAGGACCUUAGCAGAGCAUGCGCAGAGUUCACGAACACAUUCCAGUCAGUAGGUCAUAAAUCAUUAUGCCUGUGUGAGACCUUGACCAACGGUAGAGCUGUUUCCAGGCUCCUAUCUCUCCAGGCAGAAAUUCUCCUUUCUGCUCAGUCAUCCUUGGCUGUUGGCCAACUCUUAAUUGAAUCUGUGUGCAGCUGCACAGAACUGCACGUUGUCAAAUUCCCAACAGGAUCUGAGCCCAAGAGUGGCCCUCUCCUCUCCUGUAGCUUUCAGAAACUAGGAUUCAGAAGCCCCACCUUCCAGCCCUAGGAGGCUUCCCAAGGGAGCUGUUUCCAGAGGAAGAACUGUGAGGGGAGAGAGACUUUGUGCUGCUCAUCAGGCAAUGGCUUUUUCCAGCUGCCUUGCCCCACCAUCCAGCCCUAGGAGCCUUUCCCAAACCACGACUUUAAUAAUAAUAAUAAUAAUAAUAAUAAUAAUAAUAAUACCCUUAUUGCCAAUGUGCAACCUGUGUACAAUGAAAUUAACCGAGCCUCCCUCCCCACCACACAAACACUCAAUCUCAUUGCACUCUGUGCGCUUGUCGCACAACACACCAACCCCGAAAGUCAGUUGCACUAUAUUAUUUUCCAUCCAGCAGCCUAACAGUCCACAGAUAGAAACUGUUUUUUAGCCUGCUGGUACGACUGAUUAUGGGACGUGAGUGGUGCUGUGGGUUAAACCACAGAGCCUAGGACUUGCCGAUCAGAAGGUUGGCAGUUCAAAUCCCUGCGACGGGGUGAGCUCCCGUUGCUCGGUCCCUGCUCCUGCCAACCUAGCAGUUCGAAAGCACGUCAAAGUGCAAUUAGAUAAAUAGAUACCACUCUGGUGGGAAGGUAAACGGCAUUUCCAUGCGCUGCUCUGGUUCGCCAGAAGCAGCUUAGUCAUGCUGGCCACAUGACCCGGAAGCUGUACGCCGGCUCCCUCGGCCAGUAAAGCGAGAUGAGCGUCGCAACCCCAGAGUCGGCCACGACUGGACCUAAUGGUCUGGGGUCCCUUUACCUUUACCUAUGGCUGAUUCUACUUCUAUAUCUCCUGCCCAAGGGUAGAAGAUUAAAGAGGUGCUGGCCAGGGUGAGAAUCGUCCCUGAGAAUUUUCCUUGCUCUCCUAAGGCCACGAUCCCUUGUGAUGUCAUCUAGCGGGCUCAGGAGACAGUCCAUGAUAUAAUGUGCUGUGUUCACCACCCUCUGUAGAGACUUUCUGUCUGUGGCUGUCAAGCCAAUGUACUACACUGUGAUACAAUAUGAAAGGACACUUUCUAGUGUGGACCAGUAAAAGGAGGUCAUCAAUUGUUGUUUAACAUGGUUCUUUCGCAAGACCCUGAGGAAAUGGAGUCUCUACCACCUGAGUUAUACUGUUUUUCAGAGUGAGGUCUUCACUAAGGUAAACUCCCAGGAAUUUAAAGGAAGAGACUCUCCCCACACAAACCCCCCCCCAUAUAAUGGGGCUAGUUCCCCUCUCUUCCUCUGAAAGUCCAACCUUUGUCUUGCUAAUAUUUAGGUGCAAGUUAUUCUCUAAGCACCAUGUAGAUACUUUUUGAACCUCCCCCCUGUACACUGAUUCAUUUCCACCUGUAAUUAGUCCCAUUAUGGUAGUAUCAUCUGCAAACUUAAUAAUUGCAGUAGAUGGAUCAGAUGAAAUACAGUCAUAUGUAUACAACGAGUACAGGUAGGGACUCAGCACACCUCCCUGUGGGGUGCCAGUGCUGAGCUUCAGGGAGGUAGAUGUUACAGGCUCAAUCCUCACUGUUUGUGUCCGAUCCCUCAGAAAGUCUUUAAUCCAGUCACAGAUGGUAGAAGAAAGGUCUAGUUCCAUCAGCUUUUUGAUAAGAAUGUCCAGAAGAAUGGUAUUAAAAGCCGAGCUAUAAUCAGUAAACAACAUUGUUAAGAACAGCAGAAGCUGCUGGGAAGAGAGAAAAGGGGAUUUUUUUUAAGAAACAAAUUUAUAAGUUCUGUGCCUUUGUUUCUCAGUUUGAUCCUACUGUGGGAUCAACUAUGCUCUACAUGGAGAAGUACUUUGAUUUAUCUGUCCUGAAUCUUCCAACAAACACUGUUGAGUUUAAGCAAGUGUAAAGUGAUGUGCAUUGAGGCAUAGAAGUGACGACUGUUCACAUGUACACACAUCACAGAGUCUGAACUGCUGUGGACUGACCAGGAAGGAGAUUUUGGGGUUGUGAAGGGUGGCUCAAUGACAGUUUCAGCCCAGUGUUUAGGGAAUUUUUUAAUGUUUGAUGUUCUAUCGUGUUUUUAAUAUUCUGUUGGGAGCUGCCCAGAGUGGCUGGGGAAACCCAGCCAGAUGGGUGGGGUAUAAAUAAAUUAUUAUUAUUAUUAUAAUUAUAAUUAUUAUUAUUAUUAUUAUUGACAGCUGUAUGGAGGGUAAAUUCCGUGCUGAGCUGCUGAUGGUGAAAAGCCCACAGGCUCUGCUGAGCACCUAAUCAGUUAUUUUUAUUUCCUCCUUGUAGGUGUGUAUCAUCACGAGGCAGGAGAAAUUCACAUGGAUGAGGAGACCUUCCAGACUCCAGCGCGCUCAACAAAUGGUGAGAAACUAUUUGCAAAGUUCAGCAGGAGUCUAACAAGCUUUUGGGACAUCAGCGUUUCUCAAGCUGUGGACCAAAGCCCCCACAGGUGGGCAUCGGUCCACGUUCAGGUGAAACUCAGUGCAGCAUCUUUUUCUCAUGGUGGCCAGCCAGGUCCCAUUAUGGGAGGCCCAUAAGUAGAAUCCGAGCAUAAGAGAAACUCUCCCCCUCCUGCAGUUUCCAGCAGCUGGUAUUCAGAUGACCGUGGAGAUCGUAUCUACGGGACCGCCUCUCCUGGUCUGCCCCGCAGAGGACCUUAAGGUCCAUGAACAACCAUAGAGGUCCCGGGCCCUAAGGAAGUCAGAUUAUCCUCCACCAGGGCCAGGGCCUUUUCAGUGAUGGCUCCGGCCUGGUGGACUGCUCUGUCCCAGGAGACCAGGGCCCUUCAGAAUUUAACCUCCUUCCGUUGGGCCCAUAAGACAGAGCUAUUCCGCCUGGCCUUUAAUUUGAAUUCAGCCUGAUCUUUUAUUCCCCUUCUCUUCCCUCCCCCUCCCCUUUUAUGAAGAUCACCCGCUCUGAGACCCCACAGCUAAUUCUCUCCUGGUCUCCACACUGGCCCAAGUAGGUCCAAUUCAGCCAGCUAGCCCUGGGGAAUUAUCUAACUGAUUUUUGAAUUUUAUUGUUAUUCAUGUUUUUAUACUGUAUUUUAUGCUGCUUUUAUAAUUAAGUGUUUUAAAUUUGUUGUUAGCUGCCCUGAGCCUGGCUUUUGAACCGUGAAGGGCGGGGUAUAAAUAAAUUAUCAUCAUCAUCAUCAUUGCCAUCGUGUCUAGCAGCCAUUGAUAGGCCUCUCCUCCGUCGAAGAGUCUUGUGUUUUUUCACAGCCACCCAGGUUGGGGGCCGUCACUGCCUUUGUGCUUUGGUGAAUGGUGCCCUCUCGUCUCCUUUCCUGCCCAGGGUCCCCGACGCCCGGCAUGUGCCCUGCUACUAUCACCCGUCACCACCUGGGAGCUGCCUACUGCAGCGAGGGGAAGCCCUGCCCAGGAGACCAGAAGUGCUGCCGUGUGGGGAAUAUUCUGAAGUGUGUUCUUCCUGAAGGAGGUAUGUAUGCUGCCCCUGCUCCCCAUAUCCCAGUGCCAUGCAUGGUGGAAAGGGACACGGUUCUUCUAAAAAUCAGCAGCUACUUUCCUGGCUGGGAUGGAGCAAUGCUCAAGACCCUGGAGGGGCCCUCUGAAAUCCCUGCUCUUUGCCAGAGUGACCUUGAGAAAGGACUCUGCCUACGCUGCCCUCUGCGCACAGCCAGGAAUCCAAGAGUUGAGGUUCUUGCAUCUGGAGGAGUUACAGGGUGCAAUGGCCGAGCCUCGCCCUAAGAAAAACCCCUUCCUGAUCUCCUCUGCCAUGAGUAAGUGGCCUUACAGUGGCCUGAGUGGAUGAGGAGGUAAAGCACUUUGCACUGACAGGAGUGAGACCUCGUCAGCGUGUAACUCCUGUGCUCAGAGAUCUGCCCUGGUUGCUCAUCUGCAAUUGGGCCAAGCAUAUACAGUAAAGUGGGACGCGGGGGGCACUUUGGGUUAAACCACAGAGCCCAGGACUUGCCGAUCAGAAGGUCAGCGGUUCGAAUCCCCGUGACGGGGUGAGCUCCCGUUGCUCGGUCCCUGCUCCUGCCAACCUAGCAGUUCAACAGCACAUCAAAGUGCAAGUAGAUCAAUAGGUACCGCUCCGGCGGGAAGGUAAACAGCGUUUCCGUGCGCUGCUCUGGUUCGCCAGAAGCGGCUUAGUCCUGCUGGCCACAUGACCCAGAAGCUGUACACCGGCUCCCUCGGCCAAUAAAGCGAGAUGAGCGCCACAACCCCAGAGUCGGCCACGACUGGACCUAAUGGUCAGGGGUCCCUUUACCUUUAUACAGUAAAACACUUAACUUGGGACCAGUUUACCUACGAGAUCAGCUUACCUCACAUGUUCCCACUCCACCACUUCAAUCAGUGGAAUGGGCACUACUGCAGGUGCCACAAAAUUCCCGUUCUGCAUCUGUGGGAAUCUUAAUCUUAAUUUUGCCGAUUCAGCAAAAAUCUGCCUAGAUGCUGUUUUGCAGCCCGAUUCCCAGAUGUGUCCAGGAAAACCCGGACGUAUGGCAGCCCUAUUUAACUUUUCAAAAGCCUUACAUGGCUGUUGUUGAUUAGUGUUUUAUUUUAUUCUUUCGCUGGCGCUUACAUUUUAUGAAAUAAAUACAGUGGAUGCCCGGGUUGCAAACGUGAUCCAUGUGGGAUGCACGUUCGCAACCCGCAGUGUCCGCAACCACAGCGGCACGUCUGCGCAUGUGCAAAGUGCAAUUUAGUGCUUCUGCGCAUGCGCGACCGCCGAAACCCGGAAGUAACCCAUUCCGGUACUUCCAGGUUUUGGCAGUCCGUAACCCAAAAAAACGUAACCUGAAGGGUCUGUAACCCGAGGUACGACUGUAAAUAACUUGCAAUGCUCCAGCCUUCAUUUAUGGCCACCUCCAGCAGCAACAAACCCAGCAGAAGAAUGCUCGCCUGUGGCACAAGAGAUCCACUAACUGCCCUCUUCCCUUGCAGUGCAUCGGGGCUACUGUCCCCACUCGGAAGAUCAUGCUGCUGCUGCUGCUGCCUCCUCCUCCUCCAGCCCCUGUUCUGAUGACUCCCAGUGCACCUCAGAGGAGAAGUGUUGCAUGAGGGGUGGUCUCAGGAGAUGCACCAAGGCUCAGCCAGGUACCGUGACAAGCACCUGAGGCCCCAGCACCCCCACCCCACACUGCAGGGGCCUCCAGAAGGGCCAAAGCAAGCACCGGGGGGCAGAAGAGCUGAUCUUUCCUUCCAGCACUCGCUCCCAGCCCUGAUUAUAUAUAUAUAUAUAUAUAUAUAUAUAUAUAUAUAUAUAUAUACCCCACCCAUCUGGCUGUGUUUCCCCAGCCACUCUGGGUGGCUUCCAACAAAAUAUUAAAACACAGUAAUGCAUCAAACAUUAAAAGCUUCCCUAAACAGGGCUGCCUUCAGAUGUCUUCUAAAAGUCUGGUAGUUGUUCUUCUCUUUGACAUCUGGUGGGAGGGCGUUCCACAGGGCGGGUGCCACUACCGAGAAGGCCCUCUGCCUGGUUCCCUGUAACUUGGCUCCUCGCAGGGAGGCCCUUGGCGCUGGACCUCAGUGUCCGGGCAGAACGAUGGGGGUGGGUACGCUCCUUCAGACUCUGAACCCAAGAGCACCUCAGUCCUGCCAACCUGUCCCAAGCCACCAACCUUUGCUGUCCUUGGCAAGGAAAAGCCCCCUGGGCAGCUGGCCAGCCAUGAUGCGGCCACAGGAGAAGGCUUGGUGCCAAAGGUGCUAAGGGUGUGUCAGGAUGACCCUGCCUUAUCAGCAGACCUGACAGCAGGGAGGGUUGUGAAUCAUGGACGUGGCUCAAGCCAAGAGCCCGUUGCCAUCCCCUGCCUGGUCUGCUCCUCCCCUUCCAGAAGAUGACUUGGCAUAGCCUGGCCUGAUCCAGCAGCCUCCUCUUAGGGCUCUGCUUCUUGCCAAUUCAUUUUCAUUGAUCUUCCAAAUUUUUAACAGAUUAACAGCAAAUUAAUUCAAAUUUAACACAAAUUUAAAUGUCGACUUCAUUUUUACUCACCUAUUAUCUAUGCUUAAUUAAGUAUUCAGUGUAUAUGUUUAAAUCUACGUUUGGUUCUUGCUCCUAUUUAUUUAAUAAUUAUUCGCUUAGAUUCAUACUGUUAUGCUAUUUAUUUGGAUGUUUUGCUUAUGCUGGUCUAUGACUGUAAUAAAGUACUUGACUUGAAAGUUGACUUUUAACCCCCCCCCCUUCAAAACAUUUCUCUUCCCUCCCUCCUUUGCUGCUCACAAUAAAAUACUUCCUAAUUUCUAUUACUUUCCCAUCCAUUCUCUGUUGCCAUUGACUGCUCAUGUUCAAUUCCUGCUGAGACUUUUCUUUAACUAUUUCCCCAGUUAAUCAAGUAGAUUUAAUCUUCCUUUGUCAAUCCAUAUACACGAAUCACUGGUCAUGAUUUUGAAUCGAAAUUUCCUCCAAUGCAACUUCUUCUUAUGGCUCGUCUUAUGUCCUCAAGUUCUGACGGCAACAGACUCAGGAUGCCUUUCCCCUGCUUCACUCUUCCCUUCCUCUCCAGAAAAAAGGGGCCUUUGCCCCAAGAGCCGCCUUUUGCCCGCGUUCCGCCUGUGCGACAGCGAGUGCAAGGACGACCGAAGUUGCAGCCUUGGGCUGAAGUGCUGCUUUAAAGACUGUGGCUUGAAGUGUGUCAACCCCGAGAUUCACCAUCAGGGCAGUGGGCAGCGCAACAGGCAGCUCUGGGAAAGGGAGAAGGCUGAGCCCAGCGGCCAUGGCGGGCAGGAGGAAGGUGAGUUGUGGAACUACAGACUCAGAGAACUGUAGAGUUGGCAGGGACCCAAGGACCUUGCAAUGCUCUAGGGCAGGGGUCGGCAGCCUAAGGCCCAUGGGCCACAAGUGGCUCACGAGGGUUGUUUAACCGGCGAGGCCCCGUGCGCUGCACUAAACUGCGCUAAACAUGGAAGCGAUGCUCCAGAAGCAGCAGCAGCAGCACUGGGAACGUUUGCAGGAUUCUCUCUCUCUUUUUUUUUAAUGAUAUUUAUUAAAGUUUCAAAGAGUACAAAAAUUACACAAAAACCAAAAAUAAAAAUGCAAGAAAAUACAAAAUACAGAAAAAAGAAUAAAGUUUUUAAGAUAUAACCAAAAAAAUGAAAAAUAAAAAGAAACAUACAAAAGAAAAACAGUUAAAAACACGUUCAUUUUCCAAAGCAUAUCUUCCUUACACUUAUUUCCCCGGACCUCCUCGUGCCUCCCUUUUUUGUAUUCCAGUUCAGUUUGUUAGUUCAGCAAAUCCUUACCAUUAAGCUUUUACCCAUUUGUAAACCUUUUUUUGUAUCUCUUAAAGCAUUACAGCUGGAAACCACUUAGUUUCUAUCCAACAUCCUUCUAAGAUUCCUUAAUUUUACAAUAUUUCUGUAAAUAGUCUUUAAAUUUCUUCCAGUCUUCUUUCACUGACUCUUCUCCCUGGUCUCGGAUUCUGCCAGUCAUUUCUGCCCGUUUGCAGGAUUCUCAUUUUGGCCUCCUUGUAGGGCGGUCAAGAGCUACUGAUGACUCCAGGAAGAGGGCCUAACCCCCUCCUUCAGAGGAAGGCAGGGCGAACAGGGACAGAAGUGGGGUGGUGGGUCUUCCACAGUUGGGCAGGUGUCCCAAAGGAAGUGUGUUCUUAGGAGAUUGAUUUUCAAUCAAUCAAUCAAUCAAUCAAUCAAUCUUUAUUACGGUCCAGAGACCCAACAAAUCAUUACAAAGCAAUGCACAGUUCAGACAGCCUACCUCCAGGUUAAACAAGCAUUUUGUUCAGACUUAAAGACAGGGAUCAUUGGUUCUUGCAACCACCGAUAAAAACUUCGCCACUGCUAAUGUUCUAGCAUUUGUCCGGUCUUCCAAUAGGAACCUGACAUAGUGAGCCUCUGAUUUUCCCGGGAAAGGUACCAGCAAGAAUAAUAUCAAUUCUGCCCUGGCUUGCUCAUAUUUCGCCCAGUGCAGCAAAAUAUGUUUUAUAGAAUCAAUGUCUUGAGCACAUGAGCAAAGUCUGUCCUGGUAGGGAACUCCUCUCAACCUGCCAUCCAACACUGCAGAAGGAAAGACUUUUGGCUUUGGUGAAUAACCUUCGAUAAUUUGGUACUGUCAGGUUUUUAAUGUAAGGUGUUAACUUAAAGACAUGCCCAUAUUGUACUUGUUAGAAGAUUUUGUUCAUGGCUUCAGUCUGAGGUUCCAUAAAAAGGGAGUGAAAGGAACCAAGAGCCUUGCAGAGCCGCUACUUCCAAGUCUAGAGUUCUGCAUAGCCAUUGACUGUCUUUAGGAAGUGCAAAGGCCCCCACCCAUUUCUCAGUGGUCCAAGGCAAGCAGUGAGAGGCUCCUGCAGACGCUGGUUGCCCCCAGAGGCAUAGCAAGGUCAGGUGGUACCUGGUGCGAAAAAAAUUUUGUCACCCCCCCCCACACACACACACAUUGCAAUUUUGGGGAACGUUGCCAGGGGUGCGAGCCCCGGCCUCCAGGGGUGCCAGCGCUGCCAAUUGGGAGUGCGAGCACUGCCCAUUGGGGGUGCCAGCACCGCCCGCCAAUCGUGAAAAUCCAACCGCUGAUCUCAUAAAACCUCCCGCCUGGGCUGCGAGUGCCACCCAUCAGGGGUGGGAACACCACCCACCAGGGGGUGCCAGGCUGAUCGCCAGACGCAUUUGUGCAAUCAGUGGGCAUAUUUUCACGACGACGAUUGUGCCAAUCGCAAAAAUCUGCCCGCCGGAGGUGCGAGCUGUGGGAAUGUUCAGGGAUGCAGGAGAGGAUAUAUUGUUUGAUUUUAGCCUUUCCAACUUGUGUAAACAAGUUCACAAUUCAGCAGAAUAACAUUCCCCUUUUUAAAAACUCAGCGGAGGCAUUUGCUCAGGCUCACUAAAGCCUCUAUAAUAACUGUUCCGGUAUUUUCCCCUUUUUCCCUCAUAAAAGAUAAGACACAACACAGUCUUCUAUAAAAGUAUAAAAAGGUUUACUCACACAUCAUUCUGUUCACAAUCGGAUCCCAGAAGGCAGACUUAGCUUAGAAAAGUAACAUAUACCUGGAAACUCUCUCAUAAGGAGACAGUCCCUUUGUCCUCUCUUGGCUGGAGGCCAACAGGGCAUCUUUGGCUAAGCAGAUUUUGCUUCUUCGAGACAUGUAGUCACACAGAGAGAGAGAUGGCUGCCCUGCCCUGUGCUUUUGUCGUUACCUGCACAGGUGAGGCCACGCCCACCUCUAGUCACAUGCAGAGGAAGUCUGUCCCAGCCCAGAAGGAAACAGGAAGUUUACCUGCUGGCUGGACAAACAUUCCUCCCCAUGUGAAAACAUGUUCACUCUAGGAAUGUUGUACUUGACUGCUCUUGUGUUUCACAUCCCACACGAGCGCCACCAUGCCGAUCCGCCCAGGGGGGAUUUUGUCAUCCCCCCCAAGUAUGACACCUGGGGCAGACCGCACCCCCCUUGUGAUGCCUCUGGUUGCACCCCACCUCUGUAGAGCAUCCCAGUGUGAGAGUCCACUUUCUCUCUUUCAGUGCGCCCCGGACAGUGCCCUGUGCCCCAUGGAUCCGGGACGUGCGCAGAGCUCUGUCACAGUGAUGCCUCUUGCCCGCUUGGGCAGAAGUGCUGCAGCAACGGCUGUGGCCACGAAUGCAUGAAAGUCACUGGAGGUAAGAGAAGUCAGUGGGUGCCCAAGCCAUCGCUCUGAGCACCUUCAUUUGCACAUCUAUGCAACCUUAGCCUACGAUGGAGGCGCUCGCAGUGUCAGCACCCCAGCAGAUCUCGCUUCUCCAUGAGUCACUUCUUUGGAUCUGGAACUGAGCAAGCUGUGGGGUAGCUGUGGGGUGGUGGGUCUUCUACACCUGGGCGAAUUAGACAGAACUUUGGCGAAGAAAGCAAAGAAUGGAAACUGAAUAAAAAGAAAAUGUGUAGGGAGGAGAUUCUGGUGAUUUUUUUAAAGUGCCAAAUGAUACAGAAAUGUGGAUAACUGAAUUUAAGAUUGGGGAAAAGGAGAAACUGAGAGAAAAUGGAAUUGAUGUUUUUAUGAUUGAUUGAUUGAUUGAUUGAUUGAUUGAUUAUUUAAUUAAUUAAUUAAUUAAUUAAUUAAUUUGUACACCACCCCUUCAUCCAAUGAUCACAGGGCGGUUCACAACAUGAAAAUACAGUGGUAUCUCGGGUUACAUGCGCUUCAGGUUACAGACUCCGCUUACCCAGAAAUAGUGCUUCGGGUUAAGAACUUUGAUUCAGGAUGAGAACAGAAAUCGUGCUCUGGCGGCGCGGCAGCAGCGGGAGGCCCCAUUAGCUAAAGUGGUGCUUCAGGUUAAAAACAGUUUCAGGUUAAGAACGGACCUCCAAAAUGAAUUAAGUACUUAACCCAAGGUACCACUGUACAAAAUAAGAAAACAGAAUACCUAAUAAAAGCAAAAGCAGAAGAGCUGAAAUCCUCUCUCUUUUCAGCGCCAAUGAAGGGCUCAAUAUAAUCUCUCUCUCUGUUACAGUCAAGCCUGGCAUCUGCCCUGCUCUGGCUCGAGGCAAUGAGUCGCUGCCCCUGCAGUUCUGCUCCACGGAUGUCAGCUGCCCAGGGGACCAGCUCUGCUGCAAGACCAUGUGUGGGCGGCAGUGCUUGCUCCCUUUCGGAGGUGAGAAACUCCCUGGCCAUAGAAGAAAACACUGGGGACGCUCUCCACCUUGGCUUGCCAGAUCAUCCUCAACGUUCCCUGCAGCCUUUCCAGAAUUUCCUCCUGUUCAAUCUUCUCCCUUUCUUCUUUUACCCAGUGGCCAGAGGAUACUGCCCCAGGGAGCCUCCCCAAUCCAGCCAGAAUGUAGCAAAUUGUUCUUCUGACUUAAGUUGUGGUUCAGGCACUGAGUCCCCAAGAAAGAAGAAGUGCUGCAGUUACGGUCAUCUGCAGACUUGCCUGGAGGCUGAGGAAGGUAUUGCUUCUCCAGGAAUGACGGGGGGGGGGGGCGAUGCCAGCAGGACUUGGGAAGGAUGUUCAGCAACGUCACUAUUCAUGGUGCUUUGUAGAGCCCAGAGCAUGGAUCCUGCCCAAGAAGGGGUGGCGCAGAGGCCACUUGCAGAAUCUCCACUCCCUAAUGCCCAGCUGUUUUGUGAUUGCCUGUGGUAGUACUGUGGGACCCAGGGGUGGGAGAGAGCAGUGCACUCUGCACAUGCUCAGCGGCACUCUCGUUUGUCACUUCCUCACACAUUCUAGGACUGAGCCCUGGCAUUCAAAACACCAACCAAAGCCUCUGGACUCUGUUGCCACAGUGCCUUUUUCAGAGAUGUCUAGAGAGGGUAGUUCAGGUACAUGCGGCUAUGAAAGACAAGAGAGACCAUUAGCAUUGGCCAGGAGAAGGGAGAGAUUCAAUAAUAAUAAUAAUAAUAAUGUAUUUUUUAUAUCCCACCCAUCUGGCUGGGUUUCCCCAGCCACUCUGGGCAGCUCCCAACAGAAUUAAAAGCACAAUAAAACAUCAAGCAUUAAAAACUUCCCUAAACAGGGGUUCCAGGCAAUUACCCAGGUCCAGUUUCCUUGGAGGUCAGACUGUGGUGUCUUUAGGAUAGGUGGUUGUAUUCACACAUAUAUCCAGCCUGGGCAUAGGAUGGAGGGGCUCAUGGCAUUAACACCCCAAUAAAACCCUGCUUCUCCAUUAGCCACAGCACAGAGCAAUUCAGUCUCUGUGUCUCCAGCUUCCAGCCUGCUUCCAGCUCAGCUCACACACAAAAACUCCUGCUAUGUAGCACUCGGGUGAGGGGGAUCGAGGAAAGCUCCCCACACACCAUUAGCCUGGAGAGCUUCAUCACUUAGUUGUGGCUCUUGCAGUCUGGCUUAUCCUUUGGGAAUGCCGAAGAGGACACUUAAGGGGCCGGCCAAGGCCAAUGGCUCACAAAGAGACUUGUCUGACUAGCUCAGCAACCUCCACUGUUCUGUUCUAACCCUCCCUGGGCGCAAGACCCCAAGUGUGGGAAUGUUCAGGGAUGCAAUAUAUGGUCUGAUUAUAUCCUUUUCCAACUUGUGUUAACAAGUUCACAAUUUAGCAGAAUAACAUUCCCCUUUUUAAACUUGCAGCGGAUGCAUUUGCUCAGGCUCGCUAAAGCCUCUAUAAUAACUGUUCUGGUAUUUCCCCCUUAUUCCCUCAUAAAAGAUAAGACACGACACAGUCUUCUAUAAAAGUAUAAGAAGAGUUUACUCACAUAUCAUUCUGUUCACAAUCGGAUCCCAGAAGGCAUACUUAGCUUAGAAAAGUAACACACACCUGGAAACUAUCUAAUAAGGAGACAGUCCCUUUGUCCUCUCUUGGCUGGAGGCCAAGAGGGCAUCUUUGGCUAAGCAGAUGUUGCUUCUUCGAUGCAGGUAGUCACAGAGAGAGAGAUGGCUGCCCUGCCCUGCCCUGUGCUUUUGUGGUUACCUGCACAGGUGAGGCCACGCCCACCUCUAGUCACAUGCAGAGGAAGUCUGUCCCAGCCCAGAAGGAAACAGGAAGUUUACCUGCUGGCUGGACAAACAUUCCUCCCCAGGCGGAGACCCAUAGAAAUCACAGGCGGGAGAAGCCUGUGAACCUGGGAUUCAGCUGGCACCAUUUGCGCCCCCCCCCCCACUCGCGGGGAAACCCUGUUUUGGGGAUCCGGAGCGACGUGGGGUGAGUGGCGUGGUGCUUUGAAUCGAUCACUUCUUUCACAGAGUGAAGCCGCAUUGCUGUUGCCGGAGAGCGCUGACUUUUUCCUGUGGACAAUUGGAUUUUAAACGACUACCCGUGAGUAGAACGGAAAAUUGGACUUUGAAACACUUUAAUUUGGCGCUGAAGCGGGAAGGCUCUAAACAGGAAGUCCGCCUCCCGUUUUGUAAAUAGAUUGAAGCAAAGACGUUAUAAGCUAAAGUCUUUGAAAGCUUUUGAUAAAGGAUUAAAUUCCCACCGGACAAGAAUAUAUAACCCCUCUUGGAAGCAGGAGAAGAGAGGGGAAGUUUUGGAUUUAGUAUGCCUGCAGAAGAGAGUCAAAAUUAAAUUGCCACUGCUCUGAACCUGGAAAAGGGCUGCCAGAUGACGUUCGGGGGAUGUUUAUUGACAGAACGGAUUUGACAGCUAGCUAAAAUAAGAAAGGCACUGUCUCCAUUGUCCUCUUCUGCGUUUAAAAAUGAAGGAGAAGUAACCGAAAAUUGAAACUAUUGUUACUUGCUUGAGUUGUGUUUGAAAGAAUUGAUACAAACGGAGACUGUUUCCCUCUAGAGGGAGCAUGUGAAACUGUCACAGGAGUGCAACAGGGAGAGCUCCAGCUGCAAGAUAAGAUUCUGAAAAAUAGAGUCUGACCUUGGAUCACUCAAAAUGUUGAUAGGAGAAGCCAUUGUGACUGUAUUAUACAAGAUAAACUACUCGCUGGAACAGCUUCAUAAAAAGACAGAUGACACGAUCUCUAAAAUUGACAACUUGGAACAGAACGUGAUUAAUUUGAAUCAAAAAGUGAGUGUCAAUACAGAAACAACUCAGGAUUGGGUACAGGAACAUAUCUUGGUUGGACAAAUGGUGGAGGAAAAGGAGAAAGCUGAUGAUGUGAAACCAAAAGUAGUACAAGCGGGAUCCUUAAUUUCUCAGAAGCAGAUUGAGGAUUAUAAAUUGAGGUCUUUCAUGACUGAAUUUAGCAAAAGUCAAAUUUUGAGGCUAGGAUCCCGGCUUGGGCUGAAGAAGGAAAGUUGGAAAGAACCCUCUAUCCAGGGAUUGACUGACUUUUGGGACAUGGACCUGGACUUGGAGGAGUUUGAAGUUUUGGGGGUCGCUAAAAUUGGAGGAAUCCUGAAAUACGUUCUGAAACACUCUAUGGACUUUACUUUUAACUUUGGAAAUUUGGCUGAACUGUCCAGAAGGAACAAAAGAAUUGCUAGGCUGGAGUUUUCCCGAGAUUUGCUCCUGAGCAUCAAAGAAUAUGAAGAAGACCUGCAGAAGGGACUUGGAAGAGAUUUAAGAGCCUCGGAUAUAAGGGCACCAGGUUGAUGGAUUAUAUGGAACUGACGAAAAGGACUGGCAGAAUCCGAAGCCAGGGAGAGGAGAUAGUGGAAGAUUAAUGGAAAAUUUAAAGUGUUUAUUUAGAAAUUUUGUUAAAGUAAUGACUGUCAGAAAAAUGGUGGAAUGAUAUUUUAUGGAUUUAGCAGAAAUGCUAUAAGAAGUUGGGUGUAUAUAAGUAAUCAACCGUUAAUGGGAAAUAAGGUUAAAGCAUAUGUUAUUCACAAUAUGACAGAAAAUAGAGAAAGAUGGAAAGGAUUUGCUGAAACAAGUACUAGAAGCGGGAUACAAGAAGGGAGGUGUGAGGAAGUCGAGGAAACAAGGGAAUGAAAGACAGAGUAUGGAAAAGGAGGGAUGUUUUUAAAUUGUUUUUGUCUUGCUUUGUUUAUGUGUUUAGUUCAAUGGGUUUAGGGUGGGCUUAUAUUGUUUAUAUAUUGUAUUGUUUUUCUCUUUCUUUAUUCUUUUUUUGUUUUCUCUCUCUUUUUUCUACUUUUUUGUAACUUUUAAAAGCAAUAAAUAUUUUUUUUUUUUAAAAGACAAACAUUCCUCCCCACGUGUAAGCAUAUUCACUCUAGGAAUGUUGUACUGGUACUUGACUGCUCUUGUGUUUCACAUCCCACACCAAGAACUGGAAGGGACUCGUGGCGUCAUUCAGACAAGAGUGUGGCUGGAGGAGGUAGAACCAGUGGCGUAGCAAGGUCAGGUGGUACCCCGUGCAGAACAUUUCUUGUCAAACCCCACCACCACCACCACAUUGAACUUAUUAAAAGAAGGGAAAAUAAGCUACUUAGAACUGGUGUCCUGCUUCUGUGGUUCAGGGCACAGAUGCAAACCUCUCCUCCUUCACCACUCUUUUCUCUUCCCCCAGAGCACCCUGGCAUGUGUCCGAGAAAGAAAGUGGUGCGUAGCUUUGCCCCCUGCGAGGACAAGUGCCGAGACGACAGAGACUGUGACAUCACCAAGAAAUGUUGCUUCAGUGGCUGUGGCCGGGACUGCCUGGACCCAGGUACUGGCACAACACCUGCACAACAAUAGCACAAAAAGGGCACAGACCUCAGAGCUCUGGGGCCCAAGAACAUCCCCUCCUUGACCUCCAUCCCCUCUGCCUCCCACAGUUCCCAGCGACCGAUGCCUAUUGCCCCCUGAGAUCGGAUUGUGCAGAGCGUACAUUCAGCUUUACUUCUACUGCCCAGUGCGGAGGAGGUGCCUUCAGUUUCUUUAUGGCGGCUGCGGGGGCAACAGCAACCGAUUUAGCACAAAGGAGGAAUGUCAGAAGUCCUGUGGGAAAAUCAAGGCAGGUAUGGAACAUCUGCCUUGUUUUUUUUUAAUAUUUAUUGACUGCAAAGAAAAAAUUAAAAAAAGAAUAAAGGGUGCAUCAUGGACUCUGCCGCCCACUAAACUCUCAGCUCACAAUUCGAAUCUGGGAUAAAGAAAUGGCAGGUUGACAUUAGAAGAGUUCUGCAGGUAGACGAGUCUCAUUCAAACUCAGCCUUGGGGAGUUAUCCUGGCUCUGUGCUACCCAGGAAAACCCAGCUGGUGGCAGCAACAGCCAGGAGUAUUUCUACAACUGUUGAUGCAGCAAUUGCGAUACUAUCUGGAGUGGUUAGACCUGACAGUUGCAAAAUAUUCAGCAGCCAAGUGGUUGUUAAACAGGCAGCUCUUCAAAAUAUUUUGUGCAUACACGUACACAAACACACACAUACACACAGACUGAACAUCCAUGCACAUUUGUGCAAGGGAGUCCAUGGCAGCAUAGAAUGAUAGAAUUGUAAGGUUGGAAGGGACCCCAAGGGUCCUCUAGUCCAACCCCCUGCAAUGCAGAAUAGAGUGGUACUGUUAUUUCUCUUGACCUGGACACUAUAGCUCUGCUGACGCAGCUUAGAAUAGGAGCAGCUCUCUUGCUGCUGCAUCCCACAGUGGACUCAUGUUCAGCUUGCAGUCUGCUAAGAGCCCUAGUUGCUCUGGGGUUCCUCACUGCCACAGGCACUUAGGGGUUUGGUUUCCCAAUUACAGGUAGGUAGCCGUGUUGGUCUGCUGUAGUCAAAAGAAAAUAAAAAAAUUCCUCCCAGUAGCGCCUUAGAGACCAAGUUUGUUCUUGGUAUGAGCUUUCAUGUGCAUGCACACUUCUUCAGAUACACUGAAACAGAAGUCACCAGACCCUUAUAUAUAGUGAGAGGGUGGGGAGGGGUAUUACUCAGAAGGGGGGUGGGAAUGGGUGACUGGCUGAGAGGUGUGGUAAACCUGUAGAACACUGUUAACGACUGCAAUUGGUCUUACAGGAAAAAGCAAGGGGUGAGAUGGCUAAAAAUAGCUUUAUCAUGUAUAAUGAGAAAUUAUUUUGUAAUAGUCCUAUUUAAUCGCUCAUCUUCUACCAUUGUGUAUGCCAUCAAAUGCCAACAGUGCCCUUCAGCCCUCUAUAUUGGACACACAGGCCAAACCCUAUGCCAAAGGAUAAAUGGACAUAAAUCUGACAUCAGGAAUCACAAGACAGAGAAACCAGUAGGAGAACACUUCAAUCUCCCAGGACAUUCUAUACAAUAUCUCAAAGUAGCUGUCUUAUUACAAAGGAAUUUCAGAAAUAGACUGGAAAGAGAAGUUGCUGAAUUGCAACUUCUCGCCAAACUUAAAACCAUGGAGAGACCUGGUCUGAAUAGAGACAUUGGAUUCUUAUCUCAUUAUACAUGAUAAAGCUAUUUUUAGCCAUCUAUAAAGGUCUAGUGAUUUCUGUUUCAGUGUAUCUGAAGAAGGUGCUACUGGAAGGAAUUUUUUAUUUGGUUUCCCAAUGUCGUUCUCUGGCCCAGAGGAAAGUUGCGCCAGUCAUGGGCAACUGUCGCCUGCUGCCUGUGGUUAAACUGCUCCUGGCUCACCUCCCCCAGCUGCCUUAUAAGAAGGUCCCACCCCCAGGGAGCCCCCACUCCACUUCCAGAGACCACCAUGCAGCUCCACCUUGCCCUUCUCCUCCUGCUUCUGGGGCUUCUGUCCACCUGUGCCAACUCUUCUUCUGCUGCUGGUGGUGGUGAGAGCCAGCGUCACCUGCCAAGGGGUGAGUGGGGGACAUGGCGGCCGUGCACCCCACCUGAGGGUGGUCUCUGUUUGCCCAGGCCAGGGGGGACUCAUGAGGACAACCAGGCAAGGACUGCGCCGGGUGGUCCUGCCCAGAAGCAUUUAGCCCUUUCGCCCUCAGCGCUUGCAGGUUCACAGGGCUGAGGUGAGGUCCAAAUUCCUGGGGCCUGGCAGUCCGAUUCUUUUGAUUUAUGUAAUUCUUAACCAAAUCCAUAUUUUACAUUCAAUGCACGCACAGUUCUGAGCAAUGGCUUGCACACUUGUGCUGUGAACUGAGCCUUUCUGAGCAUUUCCAAAUCUAUAGGAACAUUCGCUCCUGCGCUUUGAUGGCAGGAGAGCACAGCCUCGUUUUCUGAUUGUAUGUUUUCAUAAGCGAAGCCCGUGUGAAUACAACAAAGCGCUUGUGUGAUACACAUUGGGUUGGGUUGCCCACGCAGGCCUAACAUUUAAAGUGCAUGGUUGGUUCUGCAACAAUCGUGUGGGUGCUUGUAUUAUUGAUAUGAGUCAUUAGGAUCUUGAUAUUCUCAACAAGUACGGAUACCAUCAUAUUUAUUAUUAACAUGAAAAUGAGACCACACCGUUAUUUUAUAUCCAUGUAAAGAUUCUUAGCCUUCGCAGAGGUGCCCCCCCAAAAAAAAUUUCAGCAGGGGCCAAACCUACUUUUGGUGGCCCUGCAUGUCCAGCUGUGCGUGCUUUCUGCCCUCUGGGUGUUGGGGGGGGGUCUUGGUAGUGAAGCCUUUUCUAGCCUGAGUCCUGGCAGCUGUUUUGGAUUACGGCAGCUGGCUGUGCUGCAAUAGGAACGAGGCAUUCAUGGCCCAUGCAGAUGUUUCUGAACUACAACUCCCUUCCACCUCACCAAGCAUGCCCAAUGGCCAGGGGUGAAGAUGGGAGUUGUAGUUCAGCAAGCACCCAGGGGGCCAAAGGUUCCCCACACCUGGCAUAUGGAAAGGAAAGGUCCCUCAAGUUUGGCAUUAAGAUGCUUCUGGGACAGGGCCCCACUGAGAAAGAUGUUAGGAGUGAUGCCAAGUGUCACGUGGAAGCGGACAUGACCCAGUUAAUUUCUAGCCUUUCCCUCCUACACAGAACUUAAAGUUGGCCUCUUGAAUUUCACCUGCCAUUAUCUCUGCCUUUAGGAGCUGAUGAGGAGCUUCUGAUGGAGCUGGCAUCCCAUUCUGUUCCUGGUAAGUGUAAAGUCUGUGAUGCGAAGGCACCUUCCCAAGUUUUCUCAACAGGCUGGUGAUGCCUCUAGGAUGGCAAACAUUCCUCUGCGUGUUUUUAGCAUUCUCUCUCUCUUCACAUUAUUCGCAAAUUGUUUGGCUGAUCCAGAGGUUUUCAAGCUUUGUGAGUCCACGGCUCCCUUGACCAACUACAUUCUUUCUGUGGCACCCCUGUGGGGCUUGGAAGCCCAGUUACACCAUAAAGCCAGCAGCCCCUUGUGGAGUGUUCCCUCAGCCUCCUUGGGAAUCCCUCCAGCAGCCGCUGCUGCCACUCCUCUGUCUCUGAGCAGCCCCAUGCCCGCCCCACAGAGAAGGAAAGAGGGAUGGAGGCCAGGGUUGCCCACAGCACCAUCCUUCAAGGCACCCCAGGGUGCCAUGGCACACUGGUUGAAAACCGCUGGGCUAAUCAGAUGGCUUUAAAAGAGGUUUGGAUUGAUUUAAGCAGGAGGAGAGGGCUAUCGAUGGCUCCUAGGCAGAAUGGCUCUGCUCUGCCUCUCAGAGGCAGUGAAUGGUUUCAAAGGCCACUUGCUGGAAAGCCACAGGAGGGCAGAGUUGCUCUUGAGCUCAGAUCCUGCUCCUGUGUUUCUCACAAGCCUCUGGUUGGCCGCUGUGAACACAGGAUCCUGAAUGAGAUGUGUUUAUGUUCUUAGUUUAUGUAUUACUGUAUUUUAAUAUUUGGUUGGAAGCCGCCCAGAGUGGCUGGGGAAACCCAGCCAAAUGGGCGGGGUAUAAAUAAAUUAUUAUAAUUGUUGUUGUUGUUGUUGUUGUUGUUGUUGUUGUUGUUGUUGUUGUUGUUUAAUGUUUCCCACCCACCCACCAACACUCCCCUCCCACCCUGCUUAUUUCUCCUGACCUCCCUUGGCUCUUCAAAUGUCCUCUCUCUCUCUCUCUCUCUCUCUCUCUCUCUCUCUCUCUCUGUUAUUUAAUCUUUAUCGAUUUUAAAUAUUGAAUCCAUUCCCCACAAAAAGAACCAAAGGAAAAACAAAACACAUCAACUACAAAGGAAAUGUUACAUAUAAAAUAAAUUCUUCCAUACGUUGAGACUUCCGUCAUCCUCAGCACGGGUUCUUCGUUUCCUUGUUGACUGCAUAUUGUGUGACCUUUAACUUAUCAUAAAUUAUCUAUGAUCUUUGUAGCAUAUAACAUUGCAGAAGUUAAUCAAAGCACAUCAAAGAUUUCAUAUGUGAACAAUGUUCUUUUAAAUAUAAUCUGUACGUAUCCCAUUCUUUGUUAAACUUUUGCUUUGUCUCCUUCCUAAUUUUCCCUGUCAUCUUUGCCAAUUCUACAUGGCCAAAUAAUUUCGCCUGCCACGCCAUUUUAGCUGGCAUUUUGUGUCCCUUCCACCAUUUGGCUAUCAGCAUUUUCGCGGCGGUGGUUGCAUGCACGAAUACCUUCCUCAGUUCCUUCGGAAUAUCUGCUGCCAUGAUGCCUAAAAGGAAGGCUUCUGGUUUUUUGAUGAAAGUUAGUUUAAAUGUUAUUGUUUUUAGCUCAUUAUAAAUAAUUCCCCAAAGUUUAUUUUAUCUUUUUACAUUUCCACCCAUGUCAUCUUAUUGCUGUUGUGAAUUUUAUUUCUGAGCGCCAUACAUAUUGCGACCACAGCGCCAUCGCCACCCAGUGUCCCCUUUCCUGGGGGUUUUUAAGCAGAGCUUGGGUGGCCAUUUGUCCUGGAUGCUUGAGCUGAGAUUCCUUCCUGCUGGGGGUUGGACUAGAUGACCCUCGGGGUCCCUUCCAACUCUACCAUUCUAUGAUUCUCUGACCUCGCCACAGUCUGUAAAACGGGUCUCUCCUCCGUGCCUAGAUUUCUGCAACCUCCCCAGUGACCCCGGCCAUUGCGACAACUCCACCCUUCGAUUCCACCACAGCUCCCACACGGGGCAAUGUCUGAAGUUUCUCUACCGAGGCUGCGGGGGCAACAGGAACAACUUUGGGACGCAGCUGAGUUGCCUGCAGACGUGCGCGGAUCCUGGUGAGCAGGCAGGGGGCAGUCCAGUGGGCUGGGGACGGGGAGGGUAAAUUCAUCCCUUUCUCUGUUUGCUUUAUGCAUGCCGUGAAAUACUGUAUGCAAGAUGAAAGAAGGGCCAAGGAAUGAGAGGUCAGCAAACUUUUUGAGCAGGGGGCCGGUCCACUGUCCCUCAAACCUUGUGGGGGGCUGAACUAUAUUGGGGGGGGGGGAUGAACAAAUUCCUAUGCCCCCCAAAUAACCCAGAGAUGCAUUUUAAAUAAAAGGACACAUUCUACUCAUGUAAAAACAAGCUGAUUCCCGGACAGUCCGCGAACCAGAUUUAGAAGGCAAUUGGGCCGGAUCCAGCCCCUGGGCCUUAAUUUGUCUACUCAUGGGCUAAAGUUUCCUACAGUCUAAAGCUCUUUGAAACAAAUGUUUUCCACCUGCUGUCUACAGUCCAGAAGGGAGCAGGCCAAACAGACUGCCUUGGGCAAGGAGUUCCACAGAUGUGGAGCCACCACUGAAAAGGCCCUAGACCAGGCUGAGGAGCCCGUUACGCCUGAGGGCCAUAUUCCCUCAUGGACAAUCUUUCAGGGGCCACAUGGUUGUUUACAGUAUUCUCUUAAAUACAUUAUUAUUAUUAUUAUUAUUAUUAUUAUUAUUAUACCCCGCCCAUCUGGCUGGGUUUCUCCAGCCAUUUUGGGCGGUUUACAGCAUAACUAAAAACUUAAUAAAUUUCUCCCCACCCCCAUUUUCAUUAAAUUAAAUUCAUCUUUUUAAAAGUUCUCUUACAUUUCUGAUUAAAAAAUAUGCUACUUGUGCAUCUGAUUCUACAUGGCUCUGCACAGAGGAAGAUUUUGGCAAAUUCCUGCUGUUUCGUUCCAGGUGUCUGCCAGCUCCCACAGCAUCAAGGAAACGGGGAUGCUCUGCGCACUCGCUUCUACUACAGCCCCACCUCCAGGACCUGUGAGGGGUUCAUCUAUCGAGGGCACGGAGGCAACGGAAACAACUUUUUGACGAAAGAAGACUGCCUACAGUUCUGUGCAGCUCAUGGUAAUAAUAAUAAUAAUAAUUUAUUAUUUACACCACGGCCAUCUGGCUGGGUUUCCCCAGUCACUCUGGGCGGCUUCCAACAAAGUAUUAAAAUACAGUGGUCUGUUAAACAUUAAAAGCUUCCCUAAACAGGGCUGCCUUCAGAUGUCUUCUAAAAGUCUGGUAGUUGUUUAUCUCCUUGACAUCUGGUGGGAGGGCGUUCCACAGGGAGGGCGCCACCACCAAGAAGGCCCUCUGCCUGGUUCCCUGUAACUUGGCUUCUCGCAGGGAGGGAACCACCAGAAGGCCCUGGGAGCUGGACCCAGGUGUCUGGGCAGAACGAUGGAGGUGGAGACGCUCCUUCAGGUAUACUGGACCGAUUCCAUUUAGGGCUUUUAAGGUCAGCACCAACACUUUGAAUUGUGCUGGGAAAUGUACUGGGAGCCAAUGUAGGUCUUUCAAGACAGGUGUUAUGUGGUCUCGGUGGCCACUCCCAAUCACCAGUCUAGCUGCCAGUUUCUGGAAACUGCAAGAGAUCCUGCAUGCUGAUUUCCCACAAGAAUCUGUUUGGCCACUGUGUUCACAGGAUGCUGGUCUAAGUGGGUCCCUGGCCUGAACCAGCAUGUCUUCUGAUGGGUUUAUCAUGUUCCAAAUCUCCAGCUGGUAAGACGAGCCCUCUGAGACUGAUGGGAGGUGCCUCUCUUCUUUUUGCAGGUAGACAGUGACCCCCCUCCAAGGCAAGAUACAAAGCUCCUGGGACCCUCCAAAGAAAAGACCACCAACCCAAGGCUGACUCCCCCUUCCUUCUCCUCUCUUUCUCCCCCUCGCUUGCCCACACUUACAUCUUAAGAGCUCGAUCUUUGCUUCUCCAGCCACAGCCCUCAGAAGGGUCCCUGCUCCCUCAGAGGGACUCCUUCUCCCUUGCUGCCCCUUCUGGCAGUGUGGUGCAGUGGUUAGAGCACUCUGCCAUGAAGCCCACCGGGUGACCUUGGGCAAGUCACCCAUCUCCCAACUUAAGCCAUGCCACAGUUCUGUUAUUCUAUGAUUCUGCUGGGUGAGAUAGAAAGGCCGUGUGACAAUAACAAUGGUGAUCCUUGAAUUGCAGGGGUUGGACUAGAUGAGCCCUGGGGUCCCUACCGACUCUACAGUUUCAUGAUUCUGUGUCCUCCUCCCCCCCUUCCAGAGAAUAGCCCUGUGAUACCAUCUCUCUCGUUUCUCAAAACUCCUUUUCUGCAAAGUCUUUGCACAAUGCAAUCAUCCUUCAUUACCCUCCCUGCCUCCCAUCAGAUUGUAAGCUUUUGGGGGCAGGGACCUGACUUUGCUUCUGGUACUCACCAUAUGCCUUGCUGUCAUGGGCACAGCCAGGAUUUUUGUUGUCGGGGGUGGGAGUUGUUAGGGAGCAGGCUUCUGCUGGGGUGUGGCAGAACCACAGUGAAUUUUGUAUUUUUAAUGCUUUUCGGUCAUUUUGGAGGAUUUAAGGAGGGCUCUCGCUAUGCCCAUGCUUGCUGGUACUAUUUCCACCCCCACCAUUAUAAGGCUGUUCCAGCUGCUGGUUUGCUUGGAGGGUUAAGCUGAGCUUUGUGCACCCUGCAAUAAAACCACUGCCUUAUCGCGAAAUUGACAUAUAAAUUGCGAGAUAAGGACAACUGUGACUUUAAAGAAGAAUGGGAACCUUUUACAAAUUAUUUUAAAAAACAACAAAAUGAACUGGACUCCUUGGCAGGUUUUGAAUAAACAUACACAAACUUAUUGUUACGAAUAUAAUAGAUAGAUAAGUUGAGGAUCUUUACCUUUUUAUAGCAUGCAGAGAAUAAUAUGUGUUAAAAAAUCAGAGAGAGGAGCUGAGGGAAGUCGUAGGGAGGGGGGAGGGGAGGGGAGGGGAAAAUGGGGGGAAACAUAAUGAAGAUGAUUUGUUGGAAUACUUUGUUAUGUGAAAACAUUUAAUAAAAUUAAAAAAAUAAUAAUCACUGCCUUAUCUGCAGCCUGGAAAAUCUGGUGAUUGUGUUGCUACAUGACACUCCAGUCGCCAAACGGUGAUGGGCUCCUGGAGUUGCAGGCACAGUUUCCUUGGAAGAAAGGUCAGAGAAGACUGUGGUUUAUUUAGACUAGAGGGUUUUAUUUACACUCAUGUACAUUGUUACGGAAAUCUAGGUGCGAGGCUGCUCUGCCACCUAGCUCGUCGGACUGAGGUAUCUGAAGGUAUUCUGGGAAGGGGGACCUAACAAACCUGCCCCCCCCUUCUGCUCCGUAACAACAUCCAGAGAACAGGAUGGGGUUGGAGGCUCACAGCAUAGACACCCAAACGGCUCUCGCAAGCAGGUCUCAGUGUCUCCAGCUUCCAGCCUGCUUUCUAUCUCAGUUGACUCCUACUGAAAUAUAUUCGGAGUCGAGAGUAGAUUUCCUGCUCUUUAUUCAUAGUGGUGAGGAGGAAUGGAAGUUCCCCCAGAAUGUCUGCUUUAUAUACAUUAUUUACACAAUGGGCCCCACAUGAUUGGCUAAUUCCGGGAUUCACCUGUAGGCCAAUCAGGUUGCGGAUUCACUUCCACCUGGAGCUGGAUUGGGUGGCUCCUGUGGACCAAUCAGAGUGCUGCAUUCUGGGUCCUAUUGUUCUAGGACCAAUCAGACUGCUGCAUUCUGAAUCCUAUUGUUCUAGACCAAUCAGACUGCUGCAUUCUGGGUCCUAUUGUUCUAGGACCAAUCAGACUGCUGCAUUCUGGGUCCUAUUGUUCUAGACCAAUCAGACUGCUGCAUUCUGAAUCCUAUUGUUCUAGGACCAAUCAGACUGCUGCAUUCUGGGUCCUAUUGUUCUAGACCAAUCAGACUGCUGCAUUCUGAAUCCUAUUGUUCUAGGACCAAUCAAACUGCUGCCUUUUGGAUCCUAUUCAACCCAGGACGUAACACCUACCUAGCAGCUAGGUGAGGGGGGUGUAAGAAAACCGCCCCCCAUUUGUUCUAUGGCACAGAGAAGUUACUUCGGUUCAGCUAAUGGUGGUGCAUAAAUAGCCAAAGCCAUUGUCUGGACAAAGAGACUCGUUUGGCCAGCUGGCUUCCUCCAUUUCGCCCUCGUAGGCUCCCAAGAACUGGAAGGGGCAUCAUCCAGACUGACCCCAAAACUCACAGCACCGCAACACUGCCCCACUGCUCUGAGCCUGCCAGGCCUGGGGGGCUCGUGGUAGAAUCGCUCGUCGUGCUCCCGUUUCCACAAGACCUACCCCAAGGUUUUGUGAGCAGCUUCAGCACAGACUCCAAUGCCAGCCCACUCUCCUCCCAGCUUUGUUGACUGCUGGUGCCAUGCGAGGGCGGCUUUGUGGGGAUUUUCCGGACCCCAAAUUCUUCUGAAUCAAAGGAUCUGGAAAAUUGCAGAGCAGUGGGGGAUUCCUGCUGAAGGUUUGAGUUUCUAGCCCCAGCUGUUGUGGGAAGCCUGAGGGGAUGCAAACGAGCUCUAAAAGGGCUUUUUGAAGCAGGAUGAGGGUCAUGGCGUCCUCUGGGUCAGGUCCAGGGCCAGAUUUAGGUUUGAUGAGGCCUUUAGCUCCUGAAGGUAAUGGGGCCCUUUAUAUGUCCAGCUGCCCUUUGUCAACAACAAAUUGCUGCUCUUUUUGUGUAGAAUAUAUGCUAUAUGGUAAUUUAUGGACCUAAUAGGUAUCUGAAGCCAUUUGCACACGUGGUCAUGCAACCAGUCCAUGCAGAAUGUGUUGUUGUUGUUUAGUCGUUUAGUCGUGUCCUCCUCUUCGUGACCCCCUGGACCAGAGCAUGCCAGGCACUCCUGUCUUCCACUGCCUCCCGCAGUUUGGUCAGACUCAUGUUUGUGGCUUCGAGAACACCAUCCAACCAUCUCGUCCUCUGCCGUCCCCUUCUCCUUGUGCCCUCCAUCUUUCCCAACAUCAGGGUCUUUUCCAGGGAGUCUUCUCUUCUCAUGAGGUGGCCAAAGUAUUGGAACCUCAGCUUCAGGAUCUGUCCUUCCAGUGAGCACUCAGGGCUGAUUUCCUUCAGAAUGGAGAGGUUUGAUCUUCUUGCAGUCCAUGGGACUCUCAAGAGUCACACCCAGUAUAUAGAAAUGAGCAAACCAGUGAUAUUUUAGGGAGCAGGCGAGCAGGCGGGGACCAUGACUUACAUUAUAGGAGCCUACACAACACAAAACACGGUUGCUGUAUGUAGGUUUCAUUUUAUUGUUUUUUAUCUUAUAUUAUGGAAAUGUACAUCCAGGGUUUUUUUCCUUUAAUUUUUUUGGGGGCCCCCAAGAGAGUGGGGCCCUAAGCUAUAGCUUGUUUAGCUUAUACGUAAAUCCAGCACUGUCCAGGUCUCACUGCUACAGCUUGGAAACUUCUGCCUUCAAAUAAGGUGAGCAGCUGACACAGCUCUCUCUGCUGGCCAGGACCUGAACCUGAGGACACCAGAGAAAGAUCUGCAAAGGAUGAAGCUUGGCCAGUCCAGCCCAGUUUACAUGUCUCUUUAGACCCAGCUAAGGAGCACCCAUGUUGGGACAUGGGUGGCGCUGUGGGUUAAACCACUGAGCCUAGGGCUUGCCAAUCAGAAGGUCAGCGGUUCGAAUCCCUGCAACAGGGUGAGCUCCCAUUGCUCAGUCCCUGCUCCUGCCAACCUAGCAGUUCGAAAGCACAUCAAAGUGCAAGUAGAUAAAUAGGUACCGCUCUGGUGGAAAGCUAAACGGCAUUUCCGUGCGCUGCUGUGGUUCGCGGCUUAGUCAUGCUGGUGGUGCUGUGGGUUAAACCACAGAGCCUAGGGCUUGCCAAUCAGAAGGUUGGCGGUUCAAAUCCCUGCAACGACGGGGUGAGCUCCCUUUGCUCGGUCCCUGCUCCUGCCAACCUAGCAGUUCAAAAGCACCUCAAAGUGCAAGUAGAUAAAUAGGUACCGCUCCGGCGGGAAGGUAAAGGGCGUUUCCAUGCACUGCUCUGGCUUGCCAGAAGUGGCUUAGCCAUGCUGGCCACAUGACCCGGAAGCUGUACGCCAGCUCCCUCGGCCAAUAAAGCGAGAUGAGGCCACAACCCCAGAGUCGGCCACAACUGGACCUAAUGGUCAGGGGUCCCUUGACCUUUAAGGAGUACCUAAGAAGGGCUGGCAUCACAAACAAGACUGGUUCUCAGUCCCCCCCCUUGUCCAGCCCCCUCCCUCUCUGCCUACACCUCUGUGCUUGGACAGGUGCUGCCUGGAACAUAGACCCACCCACGGGUGACAGUCGGUACCCAUUCAUGCAUUCAUUCAUUCAUGAGCACCAGCCAAAAUCUGUUUAUUUAUUUCUUUAUUUGAGUAUUUAGAAAGCACCAACACAUCAACAGAGAGACUAAAUGACCCUUGGCAUGGGCAUAGCCGGGGGGCAGGGAGGGGCAGCUGCCCCCUAAAUCAAUAAAAAAUUUAAAAAAUACAUAGCUAACUGAGGUUCUUCCCCCCAGCAAAGAUCCUGGCUAUGCCCAUGACUCUUGGGGUCCGACUCUACUGUUCUAGGAUUCUAGGAACUUAACACUCAGGAGGCGGCCAAUAUCUGCCUUUUUCUGUAUCUUGGACGUAAGGUGACAUCUUUUUCUCAGCGGGCACCUGCCUUGCAUGGCUCAGUUUCCAAAUGGGGGGAGAGGAUCUGCUAUGAGCUUUGCUUGGACAAAUGCAGUUUUUGCUUCUCGUUUCCUUGGGGUGGGAAGCGCAGCCGUAUAUCCUAUCAAAGCCCUUCUCCCCUUCCAAAGCGCAAACAAGUGCAUCUCAUGCCACUCAGGUCGUCACCGAGGUCAGGGACAGCUGCAGGGGAGCAGGCUGUGGGGGCUGCAAGCAGCAUUCGAGGAGCAACGGAAACCAUGAGAGGGGGCAGCUACGUCAGCGGGUCAUCCAGCAGCGCUCCUUGGGUAAAAUGAUCUCCUUCCUUGGAGGUUUAUCAGCAGAGGUUUGAUGGCCACCUGUCAUGGAUUCUGCAUUGCAGCAGGUUGGUCUAGAACCCUACAAUUCUAUGAUUUUGGAGAUCCCUAAACUUCUCCACAGGAUCAAGGAUCUACGAAGAUGUGGACCAAGAGGCCUGA